AUGACGGAAGUUCUGACUUCCAAUGUCUUGGAAAGCAAUGAAAACAUAGUACAGUACUAUACACAAAAAAUCCAAAAUGCCGAGUUGAAUAUCCUUAAUAAAACCCAGAACCUCCGACGAUUAGAAGCUCAGAGAAACGGAUUGAAUGCUAGAGUUCGUUUGUUGAGAGAAGAAAUCCAACUUUUACAAGAACCAGGAAGUUAUGUUGGGGAAGUAAUCAAAACGAUGGGCAAAAACAAAGUGUUAGUUAAGGUGAAUCCUGAGGGUAAAUAUGUCGUUGACGUGAGUCCCGAUGUUGAUAUCAAGGAUAUUAAGCCUAAUAUUCGUGUUGCCUUGAGGAAUGAUUCUUACCAAUUAAUUAAAAUACUUCCAAAUAGAGUUGAUCCUUUGGUUUCUUUAAUGAUGGUCGAGAAAAUUCCUGACUCUACUUAUGAAAUGGUUGGUGGAUUAGAAACACAAAUCAAAGAGAUUAAGGAAGUAAUUGAGUUGCCUGUUAAGCAUCCGGAGUUAUUUGAAAGCUUGGGUAUUCCACAACCCAAAGGUAUUCUUUUGUACGGUCCUCCUGGUACAGGAAAGACUUUACUUGCUAGAGCCGUUGCACACCACACUGAUUGCAGGUUUAUUCGUGUGAGUGGUUCUGAAUUGGUACAGAAGUAUAUUGGUGAAGGUAGUCGUAUGGUUCGGGAACUUUUCGUUAUGGCUCGUGAACAUGCUCCGUCAAUUAUUUUUAUGGAUGAAAUUGAUUCUAUUGGUUCUUCACGAUCAGACGCAGGUGGCGGUAGUGGUGAUAGCGAAGUUCAAAGAACUAUGCUUGAAUUGUUGAACCAACUUGAUGGUUUCGAGUCUACCAAAAAUAUUAAAGUAAUCAUGGCUACAAAUCGGAUUGAUAUUUUGGAUCCCGCUCUUUUAAGACCUGGCCGUAUCGAUCGAAAAAUCGAAUUUCCUCCUCCAUCUAACGAAGCUCGAGCCGAAAUUUUGAGAAUCCAUUCUCGUUCUAUGAAUCUUACUCGUGGAAUUAACUUGUUGAGUAUUGCAGAAAAGAUGAACGGAGCAAGUGGUGCUGAGCUGAAAGGUGUCUGUACAGAAGCUGGUAUGUUUGCUUUACGUGAACGACGUGUACAUGUUACUCAAGAAGAUUUCGAGCUUGCCGUCGUAAAGGUUCUUAACAAGGGAGAAUCUGGAGAGAUGAGUUUGCAAAAACUAUUCAAGUAA